AAUCUCCGGCAUCCAAUCUAAAUCUCCCUAUUGACGCCAUCCCUCCCUUCUGCUUUACCAACCACACCUCUCAGCUCGGUGCCAUCAGCACACCUGCUGAGGUUGCACUCCAUCCCAUCAUCUUACAUCACUGAUAAAGACGUUAAACAGUAGCGGACCCAAGACGGCCCCCUGGGGUCCUGCUUAGAAGCUGUAGAUUUGUGAGAGGUCAGAAGACCGGCACGCGUAAAGCAGGAAACGAAUGAACCGAGUUUAAAGGAAACUGGCGGCCUUUUAUGCCCUCAACCCUACACCAGCCGCCUCGCUCCCGGAACGCGGCGCUCGGGGUGCGGCUGCCGUCAGGAAGGGACUGCCGGCUCCGAGCGGGGCCGGAAGGGGCGGCUCCGCUCUGCUCUGCGCGGCACGGCAGGAGCGCGCCCGGCCGGGCGGAGCGGCGAGCGCUGCCAUCGAGGCGGGCUCCGCGCUCUCACACGGCCCGCGGGAGGAUGAACCUGGAGCGGCUGAGGAAGCGGGUGCGGCACUACAUCGACCAGCAGCAGUAUCAGAGUGCCCUGUUCUGGGCUGACAAAGUAGCUUCAUUGUCUCAUGAGGAACCUCAAGAUAUCUACUGGUUGGCCCAGUGUCUUUACCUAACAGCUCAGUAUCAUAGGGCAGCACAUGCCCUUCGAUCACGUAAAUUGGAUAAGUUAUAUGAAGCAUGUCGCUACCUUGCAGCUAGAUGUCAUUAUGCUGCCAAAGAACAUCAACAGGCCUUGGAUAUUCUUGAUAUGGAAGAGCCAAUCAACAAAAGACUCUUUGAGAAGUACAUGAAGGAUGAAAGUGGAUUGAAAGACUCUACCACAGACUGGGAGAUGUCACAAUCUUCUAUCAAGAGCUCUAUAUGCCUUUUGCGAGGGAAGAUCUAUGAUGCUUUGGAUAAUAGAACCCUAGCAACACACAGCUACAAAGAAGCCUUGAAGCUUGAUGUUUACUGCUUUGAAGCAUUUGAUCUUUUAACAUCGCACCAUAUGCUGACAGCACAAGAAGAAAAGGAACUUCUUGAAUCUCUACCUCUUAAUAAACAGUGUACAGAAGAAGAACAGGAAUUGCUGCACUUUUUAUUUGAGAAUAAAUUGAAAAAGUAUAAUAAACCCAGUGAAACACUGAUUCCUGAAUCAGUAAAUGGUCUUCAGGAAAACCUGGAUGUAGUAGUGUCUUUAGCUGAAAGACAUUAUUAUAACUGUGACUUCAAAAUGUGUUACAAGCGUACUUCACUAGUGAUGGAAAAGGAUCCUUUCCAUGCAAACUGUUUACCUGUCCAUAUAGGGACACUUGUGGAACUUAAUAAAGCAAAUGAGCUCUUCUAUCUUUCUCAUAAACUGGUGGAUUUGUACCCAAAUAAUCCUGUGUCAUGGUUUGCAGUAGGUUGCUACUAUCUCAUGGUUGGCCACAAAAAUGAACAUGCCAGAAGAUACCUCAGCAAAGCUACUACACUUGAGAGGACCUAUGGACCUGCUUGGAUAGCAUAUGGACAUUCAUUUGCUGUUGAGAGUGAACAUGACCAAGCAAUGGCUGCAUACUUCACAGCUGCACAGCUCAUGAAAGGGUGUCAUUUGCCAAUGCUCUAUAUUGGACUGGAAUAUGGUUUGACCAACAACUCGAAGCUAGCUGAAAGGUUUUUCAGCCAGGCUUUAAGCAUUGCACCUGAAGAUCCUUUUGUUAUGCACGAAGUUGGAGUGGUUGCAUUUCAAAAUGGAGACUGGAAAACUGCAGAAAAGUGGUUUCUCGAUGCACUGGAAAAAAUCAAAGCGAUUGGAAAUGAGAUAACAGUUGAUAAGUGGGAGCCUUUACUGAACAACUUGGGACACGUCUGCCGAAAACUGAAGAAGUAUGAAGAAGCACUGGAAUACCAUCGCCAGGCUCUAGUACUAAUUCCUCAGAAUGCUUCUACUUACUCUGCCAUUGGCUACAUACAUAGUCUAAUGGGCAAUUUUGAAAGUGCAAUUGACUAUUUUCAUACGGCCCUUGGACUUAGGAGGGAUGACACAUUUUCAGUCACAAUGCUCGGACAUUGCAUAGAAAUGUAUAUUGGUGAUUCCGAAGCUUACAUUGGAACAGAGAUCAAAGACAAACUAAGAUGUUAUGACUUCGAUGUACACACGAUGAAGACCUUAAAGAACAUUAUUUCACCUGCCUGGGAUUUCAGAGAAUUUGACAUAGAAAGACAGACUCUGGAUGAGAGUGGUAUAGUAACAUUAGAAACAUCACAUCAAAGGACAAAUACAGAUACCAGCCGUCCGUUGGAAGAAACAUUUGAGAUAGAAAUGAAUGAAAGUGAUAUGAUGUUAGAAACGUCAAUGUCAGACCAUAGUACAUGACCAUAAAUUCUGGUAGUGGGCACAUUUUGUCUAAGUACUUGUUUUAGUGUUUUUGUUAUGGUGUUAUACUUUCAGGAAUUUGCUAUUUUUAUAUGAAUUCAUACUACUAUGCUGUAUUUAACACCUGAGAAAUAAUGCUUGCCUUAAGGAUGAUUAAAACAUACAUGAGGGAUUAUUUCCAAUUUUAUUAUUUCUACAAAGUUGAUCAUAUGUGAUAAAGUAAAAAAAAAUAAUAAUAAUAAAUUCACAUUAUGUUUUUAAAACCGUUUACUGAUCCUUGUGUCUGCCAUCAGUAAGACUGUGAAGGUUUAAAAAUAAUACCUAACAUGGAACAGUUUACAGUAUUGCCGAAUGGAUUAGCCAAGGUCUAACACAGUAUUAUUGUAGCUUUUGAUUUUUUCAUCCUGUCUUUGAGGAAUGCUUUCUUAGUAAAUAGACCAAAAAACCCGUGAGGUUUACCACUUACUACUUCAUAAAUAUGUGUUUCUUCACAGAGUGGUUUCAGUGGAUUCCCAUCACUUGACUCUAAUUGGACAUGCAUUAAAUUGAUGGCAAAGCAUGUUACUUUGUUAUGCCUUCUCCUAAUUAUUGUUGACUUCUUUGUUGUUAUUCUAUAUUGUGCUACUGAGCGGUCAUGUGAGAACUGUUUCUGGUAAGCUGAUGGGACAACAAACAUGAAUGGCAAAAAUAUAAAAAUACCAAGGUAAAUUGGUGUGUCCUGCAAUUAAUGAUACCUGAACUAUUUUUCAGUAGUGUAAUAAUAAAGUUGUAAGCCACAGUGUA